AACUGUAAAUCGUAGUAUAAAAGGACGGUGGUAUUACGAUAUUGACAUCAAACGAACAGCACACCUCGUUCAAAUCAGAGUCUCUUACUGCAAAUAACCAAUUAAUCCUUCAAAAUGGCAUUCAAAUACUGCAUCCUGCUCGCUGUUGUUGCCGCUGCCAGCGCUGCCGUACUUCCGGUGGCCGUGAAGCAUAUCGAAUAUGCGGAUGCUCCGGCCGAGUACCAGUUCGAGUACUCCGUGCAUGAUGAUCAUACCGGAGACAUCAAGAGCCAGCACGAGGAGCGUCACGGUGACAACGUCGUCGGACAGUACACUCUGAUUGAUGCUGAUGGCUACCGCCGAGUGGUCGAAUACACCGCCGAUGAGCACAACGGAUUCAACGCCGUCGUUCGCCGUGAGCCUGUGAAGACUGCUAUCCCAGUCGCCAAGGUCGUUGCCCCCAUUGCCAAGGUUUACGCUGCUCCUAUCGCCAAGGUCGCUGUCCCGGUUGCCAAGGUUGCCUACCCUGCUUAUCACUACUAGGAUGUUAUACCAAAUUUUUGUUGCCUAAGUAGUAAAAAUUGUGUAAAAAUAAAUUAUGAAAUCGUAAAUGA